CUCCGACUCUGACUGGCGUCCCUAGCCAUAUAUUGGAGACUGGAGAUUGGAAAUUAGCUUCGAUUAGCAGUUCUGCUAUCACAAGUGUCAAAAAUUGAAUGAUAUUUCCAAAAUUGUUCAAAGAAACUUUAGAUCAUUACGUAGUAAGUGUAGGAAUUUACAUUGUAUCUAUAAUAACCUAACGAAAACUUCAAGUAUCCGUUUAUUUCUGUUUUGCGAUACAUAUAAGGAAAUUUCUACAUAUCUGAAAUUAUUUCUGCAAACGUUUAAUUUUCUCUCUAUAGAUAAUAUAGAUAAAUGCCAAGUGUUAAAGAUGAAUCAGAAGGGGAAGGGGAAGAAAUGUCGCAUGAUAGUAAUGACAGUAAUCAAAGCUCAGCAUCAUGUGACAGCAGUGCAGAACAUACUGACAGCGAUGACUCGUCAGAAAUGGAUGAGGUUGAAUGCGAGCGGAGACGGCAUGAAUGUAUGGAAAAUUUGAUAGAUUUAGAGAGACAGUUUUCUCUUCUCAAGGAACAAUUAUAUCGAGAAAGAAUCACGCAAGUGGACACGAAACUGGGGGAGGUUCGAGUCGGAAAAUCAGAGGAGUAUUUAAUACCUUUGGAACGGCUGAAAGAGAACUUGAAAACGAAAACCGAAGUGGCCGGAAUAUUGAAGCAAUUCAGGUUAAACAAUAUUCUAAAUAAAUUUUACGCCGAGGAGCAAGCUGCCCUGCAAAAUUUCGAAAGCGAAAAGUCGAUAGUUUGGGAUGGCAUUCACGAUGAACUCCAAGACAAGAUCCGUCGUUUGGAGGAAGACAAGAACAAUGUGGAUAUACAUGCGGAUUUGUGGCUCAACACGACCAGCAGACGACGUAGAAACCAUACAGAGAGACGACGUGCCGUUUCCGUUGCGGGUCCUUACAUCGUUUACAUGCUUAACGAUACCGAUAUAUUGGAGGACUGGGCGAUGAUAAAGAAAAGCCUGAGCAGUCGGAAAACGGAGAUAAUAUAACUCGCGGUAUAAUCCAGGAGCACAUUUAGAAAUGCUUUCGAGACUGGUCUUAACGCGUAUGGAUACAAUCAGUAGCUGUUGUGAUCGUUGACGUUCGAAAAACAGACAAUGAUUUCGGGAACUCUUCUUACUUUUAGUCGCAGUAGAUCGACACUUGCAAGAUCGAGAACGGUCGAAAUCGUGCGUUUUUAACGGAGUGGACCUCGAAUCAGUCAGUGGAUAGUAAUUGCGAAAGAAUGGAGAGCUUUGAGAGAAUAUCAAUACAAAUAUAUAAACCAUGGCUAUGGAUAUCCAAACGUGGUUGCAAACUAGGGUACAAAUUGGGUAGUAGUUGUGCACAAUAAAAAUCCUUGACGGCGAACGAGUGCAUCUCUUGGCGAAUAAAUACGAAAAGAAAUUGAUUUAUUAAUUGUUAAUUUAACAAAGCGGAGAAUUAUAUAUACGACAAAUUUAAUAAAGCAGUUAACGAAGGAUAAACUUUCGACGAAAUGAUCGGGAAAUGGACGCGGAAAAUGCUCCCGAUGCUGACAUUACACAAUCAUCCUCGAUGCGUGCGAGAAUUUCGUCCAAUUGGAGGUAGCUUGAAGAUGUAGCUUCGACGAUGAGCGCAUUUCCAGCUGUGACGUUCGUCACGGAUGCGAUGUAUAUACAGUGUGCCUUGGGGGAGAAAGAAAUAAAAUAUUACAGUCAUAUACCAACGUACUUUCGGUACACUGGCGAUUGCCGGGGGAAUUACGCGCGCACGGCUAUUUGUCGCGGGGACUCAGCAGAUUCGAGUUAUCUAU